UGGUCUUUUUUUAAUGUCUUUUUCUAAAGCAGAUCUCGGAUACCCAAUUCGCCAGAAAAAAAGUGAAAGCUGAAGACAAAACCCACGUUCCCGAUUUACUCACCCUAAACAAGUCCUGCAAGUCAACUUUUGAUUCGCUCCUUCCCUAACCCAUUCCCAUUUACACCAUUUUAAUAAUUAACCCUAAAUCCCCUUCUCCCUUAGAUCCACAUACCAAGAUAAAUGUCAUCCUCUGUUCAUUUCUUAUAUAUACUUCUUAAAUCUAAAUUGGGAAUGCAGCUACACUCUAUAUAAAUUCCAGAGGCGUCUUUCUUCCCAAAGCUACCAUCUUUCCAGGCUCGCUGACGAAUUCAGAGAGCAAAAACAAUGUACCUCCUCAUCACCAUACUCCUUGCCCUGACAGCCGUCACAUUCCUCUCAUUCCUAGCCUGUAUCUUGCUUCUGCGCCGACGAGGAAUGCUCUGCAUCCGUGCGCAAGACCUCGAACUUGGCGCCACCACCGCUCGAGUCGCCAAUGGCCCCGACUCCGACUCCCACAACUCCCCUCCGGCAGAAAAAUAUAUCUUUGCGUCGUCCCCGCGACGCUUUACAUGGAAGGAGGUAGAAUCAGCUACUGCCAAUUUCAACUCUGAUGUAAUUGGCAAAGGGGGAUUCAGCACAGUGUACUUCGGCCGUCUCAAAAACUCCAUUCCCGCCAGCAUCAAGCUUCAUCACUGCAGCGAACGCCUCCACCAAGCUUUCCUCUUGGAGCUUGACGUCCUCCUCCGCCUGCAUCAUCCCCACAUCGUUCGCCUUCUCGGCUACUGCGACGAACGAGAUGAGCAAGGCGUUCUCAUUUUUGAAUUCAUCCCUAACGGUAAUCUACAAGAGAAACUCCACUCCGGCGAUGUGCUACCUUGGGCGCGGCGGACCGCCAUCGCUUACCGUAUCGCACAAGCGCUGGAGUACCUCCACGAGGGCAGUGAAAUUCAGAUCAUUCAUGGCGACAUCAACACCUCCAACGUCCUCCUCGACGGCGAUCUGAACCCCAAGCUCUGUGACUUUGGCUGCGCGCGUAUGGGUUUCUCAGCCGUCCGGCGGCCCGCAGCGAUGAUUGGAUCGCCGGGGUAUGUCGACCCGCACUACAUUCGGACCGGGAUGGUGUCUAAGAAGAGCGAUGUGUACAGCUUUGGAGUGAUGCUGCUUGUGCUGAUCACCGGUGCAGAGGCUUUCGAUGUGGGGAAUGAACGGCUGUUAACGGCGGUGGCAAGUAAAAUGCUCCGAGAGGCGGCCGACGGAGAAGUGAAGAAGAUCGUCGACCGGAGGCUCCGGGGAUAUUUUGAAGAAGGGGAAGUUGCUGUAAUGGCAGCCAUCUCUGCGCUGUGCAUAGGGCAAAAUCCGAGCUUGCGGCCAUCUAUGGCGGAUGUGGUGAGGAUAAUAGAGGAGAAGGUUCCAUCCGCGAUGGCUGGUAAAGCAUAGGUAAAAAUGCGUUAGGAACCGUGGAAAAAUUAUUCCACACGGUGUGUGGUUUUCACAUUUCAUCACUGUAAAAAAAAAUUUUAAAUAUGGUUCACCGUCAUAAAUUUUUGUUCUAAUAAAUGGUACAGAUCAGAUACUACAUGCAUCUCUGCAUAUGGUAUCCGUAUGAAAUAAUUUUUCAAAAUAGAGAUGUUAUUUUUCUCUCUGAGAAAAAUUUACAUACGCAACACUGCUAUGUUAGAGAGAUUAUUCAGAGAUUAUUGGAAGGUUAUA